GACAAGGGAAUGUCAUGUUUUUAGAAAAUAUUUUUCCCUUGCUCUCUAUUUUCUCUUUAUCUAUUUUCCGACCCUUGUCCAGCCCUCCCCACUGCCUCCUUCCUACACCCGCAAAUGACUUGCUACACAGAGUGUGGGUUGAGGCGCACAGUGACGUGAUACCGAGAAGAUAAUCUGAAUCUUGCGAUGGAUCUCAACCAUUUUCUUUCAACUCUUCUUCCAUCAUGGACAUCGGCUGCGAUGCUACUCUCCUUCUUCAUUUAUCUGGGAAUUGCCGGAUCACUUCUUCCAGGCAAGCUCGUUCCCGGUGUAGUUUUGUCCGAUGGCUCUCGCCUCCACUAUCGCUGCAAUGGGUUGUUAUCGCUUCUUCUGUUUGUUUUUCUUCUUGGGUUUGGAGCAUGGAUAAAUCUUGUAUCGCCCACUGCAAUAGCAGACAGAGGGAUUGAAAUUUUGUCAGUGACAUUUAUAUUCAGUUUUUUGGCAACACUAGUACUCUAUUUGGUUGGAUUCAAGUCAAGAGCUUGCAGCUCAUCUCUGAAGCCUCACGUAACCGGAAACCUUAUCAGUGACUGGUGGUUUGGGAUACAGUUGAAUCCUCAAUUUAUGGGCAUUGAUCUGAAAUUUUUCUUUGUUAGAGCUGGAAUGAUGGGUUGGUUAGUUAUCAAUCUUUCAAUUCUUGCAAAAUGUAUUCAGGAAGGCGAUUUAAACCAAUCGAUGGUUCUUUACCAGAUAUUUAGUGGAUUGUAUAUUGUUGACUACUUUUUCUAUGAAGAAUUUAUGACCUCCACAUGGGAUAUAAUUGCAGAGAGGCUGGGGUUCAUGCUGGUUUUUGGCGAUCUAGUUUGGAUCCCUUUCACCUUCAGUAUUCAGGGCUGGUGGCUUUUAAGAAACAAAGUGGAGCUAACAACAGCUGCUGUAAUUGCAAAUUGUCUUGCUUUUUUGAUUGGGUAUCUUGUGUUUAGAGGAUCAAACAAGCAGAAACAUCUCUUUAAAAAGAACCCAAAAGCUCUAAUAUGGGGAAGACCACCAAAAGUUGUUGGGGGGAAAUUGCUGGCUUCUGGCUAUUGGGGAAUUGCACGACACUGUAAUUACCUCGGGGAUUUAUUACUUGCACUGUCCUUCAGUUUGCCUUGUGGGAUUAGCUCUGCAGUUCCGUACUUUUAUCCUAUAUAUCUUCUUAUCUUGCUAAUAUGGAGGGAGAGAAGGGACGAUGCCCGGUGUGCCGAGAAGUAUAAAGAUGUUUGGAAAGAAUAUUGUAAGCUUGUCCCUUGGAGAAUAUUGCCAUAUGUUUAUUAAAUUAAAGAUCUGUUCACCAUUGUGGUAUCUGGCGCAUAUCAAAUGGAUGUGAGCAGUCUGAGCACCACCUCCCCACAGCCCACACACAAAGAGAUGGAAUACAGAUCCCAUUAGUUAUUGUAUUGUGAGUGCAGCUAAUUUGAGGAAAACCCAGAAAAUAUGCCUUAUCCAUCCUAAUAAUAGUUUCGUAUAUUGUACUGUAGUUUCUUAUGUUUUCCCAUCAAUCUAUUGGGAAGGAUAUACCUCCUAAAGCUUUGUCAUUAUGUCCUUCUCAAGUAAUAUAUUACUAAACAUACCUUUAAAUUUACGAGGGUACAACUGAACUGAAUACAAUAAAUUAUUUAAGUCUCAC